AAUCGAUCGGCGAAGAAGAGAGAAGAGGAGUUGAACCAUUUGCGAUUCUAAAGCAGUUUCUUCGUUCCGAUGGAGUCUGAUAACGAUAAUUUGUCUGAAGUUGAUUCGUCUCCGCAGAAGCUACGCAUGUUCGGAAUGGGUAGAACAAUUGAUGAUCGCGAAGAUGAGAGUGGGAGAAGAAGGAUCAAAGGUGUUGAAGUUUAUGUUCCUAUUGUGUGUGGAUCGGUUGCUUUUUUUCUUGGAAAGAGAGCCACAGAUUAUAAAACACAUAAAUGGACUGUCUAUGUACGUGGAGCUACGAAUGAGGAUCUUGGUGUGGUUAUCAAGAGAGUCAUCUUCCAUUUGCAUCCAAGUUUUAAGAACCCAACUAGAGUGGUUGAUUCUCCUCCGUUUGCAUUGUCUGAGUGUGGUUGGGGAGAAUUCAAAAUCGACAUUACUGUUUUUCUCCAAACCGAUGUCUGUGAAAAGACCUUGGAGUUGUCUCACGUCUUGAAGCUGAACCCGGAGAAUGAAUAUGGUCCUAUUCCUAAGUCUAUCAAGAUUCCCAUUGUCGCUGAGUCUUACAAUGAAAUUGUCUUUCCUGACCCUUUCGAGAGUUUCCUCACCCGUGUUCAUAAUCACCCUGCUGUACACAUCUCUAAGCUUCCAGAUGGUUUCAACCUGCCUCCUUCAGGAGUGGCUGAAAGUUAUCACCAGUUGAGAAAAGGAGACACUAAGGAUCAUCCACUCAGUCAAUGGUUUUUGACGUUUUCAGAAGCAGAUGAGCUUUUUAAACUUACGGCAGUGCGACAGAAGGUACAAGCUGAUAUUGCCAAGCUUAGACGACAGUUGAUCAUGAUAGAUGGGCAACCUGAAGGACUUUAGUCUUCCUCGAUGAGGACCAUACAACAGAGAGGAGUUUGCUCGGAAAGUUUUCGUGAUACAUUAACAUAUCUCGAUGGGGGUUUAAAAACCUGAUAUAUCAUAAUAUCUGAACAACUGUGCUAACUGUGUUAGAACAUGUAAAAAAGAACCAAUUUGUAGUCAAUAUCUGUGUUCGUACCUACAAAGUACUAAUGAUUAUGCUUUUGUUCAUUA